CAUUGCCGCCGCAGAUCAACAAAAAGACUCCUUCGGCCAAGACACGAGCAGGAGACAACUGGGGUCGAGUGGGCGCGUCAAAAGAAGCGAGGUUAACGGUGAAUUUAAUGAUGAGGCUAUCGGAGAGACAAGAGACGGCGAUAAUCAACCCGGGGACCUUAAAGAAGCCACCCUUCAAAUUGAAACGGCAGAGCUGGAAAAGUCACAGCUCCGAGAAACGGGCAAUUCAAACACCUUUCAAGCUGAACCCAUGAUUGAUCUAGUCAGAGAAAAUGCCCAAGCAAGAUUAUCUGAAUUGAUGACUUCAAAUACACAUUCAAACACGACUGUGCCCGAACUGCUAAUUGAACGAUCAAAUUCCGGGGAGAUGUCAGAGAAGGAAGAACUUCCCAUUGUUGCAUUCAAAACAAAAGCAAAGGAGGAAAAUGAGACUUUGCCCCAGAACGAAAAUCUACAUGAGUAUUUGGUGAGUCAAGCACUUUUCGAUGCAGACGUUGCAACACCGGAGGUUAGCACGUCUAAAAGCGGCCUUGAUAGCGAUGCAGGAAUUGAGUGCAAUGAAGCGAAAGCCACAAUUUCCUCACCAAAAGCAGAAACAUCCACAGACGAACAACGUGAGCACUUGGACUUUUCUCAAGUCAGAGACGCUCGGUAUACAGACGGCAUUUUAACGAAAUCAUCAGAAACGGGCCAAAAUGAAGACUGUGAAAUUUUGAGCUCAGCUAGGAACAGGAGAAAAUUAGGGUCUAGUCGCCGGAACAAAGGAACUCUCGGGAAGGACUCUGCUGCUGAAACAUACAACGAAUCUCCAGACAGUGCUGCCGGAAACGACAAAGAUAGAGCGGAUCCACCAGUGACAAAAGACUUGACGUUUAUGAUCAACUCCACCGAGAUGGGAAACGCUGAAAAAAAUAGCCACGACGACGAUGCCGAGAGUGAGUGCGGGCCAACAAAUGCCACAAUUUCAUUACCUAAAGAGGAAGUGGAGGAUAAGCGUGAGCUGGCUAGCAUAUCUGGAGGCUACCGUGCCGAAUUUUUCGAGAAUGUCAAUCCUGUAGAAGGUAGUAACGAGCUAAAUCAUGUUGAUGACUCUGCAGUUCAAGAGGUCUGCUCUAAUGCUGGCGUCAUGCCGACGGAAGCCUCUGCAGACUGCGAGGAAUUCAUCACGGUGUACGGGCCACAGUACAACCCAGAUAUAACACUGCCAGUGGCAGCAGAGCCAGCCGGGCAGCAAGUAUCACAACAUGACACGAAAGCAAUAUUCAAAGCCACUGAGAAAAUGGUCGUUGAAGUUGUGAAAAGCCAAGUCAUUCGUGAGCAAGACUCUCUUCCUCCAAAUCCCGACAAAAAUGGCAUUGCCGGUUCUCAAGGGCAAGUCCCAGACACACCGUUUAUCUCCCAUCAGCACACAAAUGUUUGGUCUGCAUCACGCUUGAAUGUACAACAGUCAGAAGAAACCUUCCAGGAAAAAAGCAUGGAGGCCGCGUCUUUUAAAGAAUCACUGGAAGACAUUCUAAAAGCUGUGGAAGAAAGAAGGCAUCAUUCAGAUGCAACGGGACGGUCAAAUGUGACUUUGACUCCUCCUAGGAAGAGAAAGAUGGGCUCCACUCGCAGGUCUCGUAUGAACGGGAAACAGGGGCUGGAAAUGGACAGAGAAACCGAUACGGGAACUCUAGAAAAUGGUGACGUCCAGACCGAUGUACCACAAACGGAAGCGUUACAAAGGGCCGAAAAAGAGCAGGAUUUCAACACGAUUGAGGCUGAACCGAAGCACCAAAACAGUCCCAGAGAAAGCAACCUGAUAUCAGCCACCAGUGAUGUCAUAACUGUCUCUCCAGAGCAGGUGUCCCCACAUGAUACUUCCCACGCAGCUGACGUGACAAGUGACAGAGACACGAUAGCUUGCACGGAGACAUUCGAACCUGAUUAUGUUCCUGUGCCCGUGGACACGGAGAGCAAAAACAAACAUCAGCUGCUUUCCAAUAAAUGUGGUCUCGAUAGCGAGGCCGCAAAACAGGAUGUCAAGAUAGUGCAAGGCCAAGAUACAACUGAACUACCCGGUAAUGAGCUCACGGUUGAACAAUCCAAUAUACCAUCGCUAAAGACUGAGGGUGAAAGAGCUCCUGAUAGAAACUUGAAGAGUCCCGGUUUGAACUCGACAAGUAAAAAAAGAGAGAUGGGCUCUGCGCGCAGAAAUCUCGGCACCAAGUCAAAGGGGGACUUGGAGCUGAAGUUGGAUUUGAAUCGUGAGGUACCGGUCACGGCCCUUGUGCAAAAUGUGAUGACAGAGCAUGCCUGUCAAAGCGAAGAUGAAAAGUUGACACCAGAGAGCUCGGCCUUUGCGCCAACCAAGCAAGAAAACACUUGCGAGCCUCCAAGCACUUCCCCGCUUCAUCAGACAAGCGAAGAAAAUCAAACUUCGGCGCAUCAUCCAGUUCAACUUGGCAUCGGGGAAAAAGAGUCCGCCGCGGCCGAACUUGAUACGCUCUCAGAAAUCGAGCUAGCGGGUAGAAAACGGAAAUUGGGCUCUCACCGCAAGUCCAGACUACACCAAACUCAUGUUCAUCAAAGUGAAAAAGACAACCUGACGCAAAAACAACGUGGCAGAGUUUUGACAUCAAUCACGCACGAACAAGCAGAUGACAUCAUUCGAGGGCCUGAAGAAUCACAGAGCAAUAUCGGUGAUCCCAAACCGUCAUCCGAUAGUUCAAAAUCUGCGAGAAACAAGACAUCUGAGGAAGGGAUGCCAUCUCGAGCACAUCAAGAAAAACUUCACCUGGCUCAAGAUACUCAAAAUGUCUCUUUGGCAGGUAAAGCGAACCCCUACAACGUGGUCAUGGUUGGAGACAGCAACGUGGGCAAGACUUCGUUCAUGAAACGAGCACAAAAUGGGAAGUUUUUUCCAGAUUUGCCUGCCUCUGCUGGCCUUGAUACAUGCCUGUGGACUGUGGUUGUGGACGGCAGACCUGUGGUGCUCCAGCUGUGGGAUACAGCCGGUCAAGAAAGGUUUCGCAGCAUCACCAAUCAGGUAUUCCAUCGAGCGCGUGCAUUUCUCCUGAUGUAUGACAUCACUUCCUCUCAAAGCUUCACCGCCGUCCACUACUGGGCAAGAUGCAUCCAGGAAGCGGCCAUGGAAAAUGUUCCAGUUUUACUUCUCGGAAAUAAAAGCGAUCACGUUGAGCGUCGUGUUACAACUGAAGAGGGUCAGAAUGUUGCAAAGAAGUUAAAGGCAGACUUUAUGGAGUGCAGCGCCGUCUCCGGCGACAAUGUGAUUCAGUCUUUGGAAGCAGUUGCCAGGUUGUUGAGUCAUAAAGAUGAUGGAAGAAAUGAAACCCUGGUGUUGCACAAAGCACCUCCAAAGAAGAAAGCAGGAUGUUGCUGAACAAAGUGCAUCUGAGAAUUAUUUUUUUUGGUCAGUUUUACCCUUUCCCCCACCCAUCUCUAAUACCGUUAUUGACAUAAAUGGUUUCCUGGUAAAACUAUGCCGAAGAAUAAUGAUAGACCAAUACUGAAGUUUGCCCCAAGCGUAAAAUGCUUUUAAAUCCAGGUUACAAACAAUGCUCCUCCCAGACUUAUAAUCAUGCUCUUGUAUUGUUGGUCUUGAAUUCUUCUGUUUAUCAAAUAUUGCACAUGUGUUUGCCUCUAAAUGUUUUGUAACUAUGUGAAGCACAUUGAAUUAACUGGUGAAUGAAUUGUGCCGUACAAAUAAAGCUGCCUUGCAUUGUGCUGUA